GUUUGGCUGUGUCAGCCUGUCAAUCAUCAUUGGUCAAAUAGCUAACGUUAACACGUUGGACAGUAGAUAACGGUUUGCUCUAAACAUUCAUUUAACAAGUAUAUAAGGUGACUGCAAUUUAUUUUGUUAAAAUAUAAUUAUUGUUUCCUGUUCAUUCCUUCAUGUGGUGCGAUAAAGUUUUUUGUAUUUAUAAUUUAUAAAUUUGGUGCCGUUUUAAUGGCAAAACGAAUUUUAUAUUGUAUCAUAAAGAUGUCCAUCAGCGCUGUACACACAAUAUAGUUUAAAUAACUUUAAUAUUUAAUUAUAAUAUUAAUAAACAGAGAGACUAUAAUCGUACCAUUUAAAAGACAAAUUCAGUUAUGUUUUAAACUUCCAUUUGUCGUUUUCUAACCGUCCGGUAAAGGAAAUAGCAAAAGGUAAACUAAGCCUGGGAAAAUAAUUUGAUUUUUACCCAAACAAACAAAAAAUGUUAUGGUCAUGAUGUUUUCUUUUUACAGUGUUUAUCCUCAUAUAUUUUGUCUCAGCCAUUCCUCAUCACCACGUACAAAGGCUCAAGCUGUUGUUCGUGACCUAAUGAUUGUGACCGGAAAAAUCAAACAUCGCAACCGAAUACAACAUAAGGAUGGAAUCAGGUUUUGUGUCACAGUGGCUGAACUCUGAUUUUUUCAUUGUGUUUGUGGUGGUGCUGGUGCUCCUUUUACUGGUCAUCUUUGCUGUCUGCUGGGUCAUGAGACGUCAACAUACACAGAGAACAACAGAGAAGAUGGCUGAAAUACAGAUUAUUCCAAUUGAUGCUUCAGACAGGGGGAACUUACCCAGAUUUACCCUGAAGAUUGUGACUGAGCAAACACAUGCAACAGAGCUUGUAGAGAUGUUAACUCAUAGAGGUCACUCAAUUGUUCCAGAUCACCAUGGCAAUCCUUCAGUCUCUGCUGUUACAGCAGAGGAUGACAAAGAUUAUAAAGAUGCAUUACAGAAUUUAUAA